CUUGAUGCAAAGUAGCAAAGCUACACCGUCCUAUUUUUGGGUAUAAAAACACUGUCAAACCUGCCAAUUUGUUUUGGAGUUCAAACAACUAUUCUGUGAUUGUUAAAUUUAACUAGUAGUUUUCAUGCACAAUGGAGCAAAUUGUCGUUAAAAAUGAACCUGAGGAAUUAAUCGACGAUUUCAAAGGUGAUAUUUCGAUGAGUUACGAUAAACCGAGCACCUCUGCUGAACAAGAAAUGCCUACAACCUCUGAGAUAGCAAUAAAACAGGAAAUAAAAGAAGACUUGGAUGAUAUUGACAACUUCAUGGAGUAUGUUGAAGCAGGGGUAAAGGAAGAAUCAUUAACGUUUACAGAUGAAGAAUACAACCUUGAUGAACCUGAGCUAGUUGAACUGAAAUUUGAAGCUGAAGACGAAGUGUUUCUCGACAAAGGGACAGACACUGAAGGAGAAAAAGAAAUUAGAAAAAAUGGCAAAGGGAAGUUGUUUUAUUGUGACAUUUGUCCAAAAAAAUUUAAAAGAAACAGUAGUUUGAGUAAACAUGUAAAAUAUGUGCAUCAAAAAGAUGACCAGGAAGAACGUAAAUGUGACAAGUGCAACUAUGUAACUGUAAGAAAGGAUGACUUUAAAGCGCAUUUAAAAAUUCAUGACAAGAAAUAUUCCCUAAAAUGUGAUUUUUGCGAUCACACAACUGCUCGAUUGUAUAACUUGAAUGCUCAUAUAUUAAGCAAACACAAAUUAAAAAAUAACAUAAAAUCAACAACUAAAAUUCACAAUUGCUCCAAGUGUUCAUUCUCAACUGUUAAAAAAUCAACUUACGACAAUCAUAUAAAGAUAUGUUUGAAAUUAGAAAAUGUUAAAUGGUAUGAAUGUCUUUUUUGCCCCUAUAAAACCAUAAGAAAUUAUGAUUUAAAUAAGCAUUUAAAAACCAAACAUAAAGAUAAUUAAUGUAUCAAGUUUCAUAAACGAGAUUUUAUAAAAAGUUUAUUUACGACAAACAAAAAGAAUUUAAAGCCAAUUUGAAAUAUUUGACAUCCGACGAAUUAACCUCACUUUUUUGCAUUUAAAAUAAAGCCUACUUCGGUGCCAACCUGACAAAAAAAAACGCGGGAAUUUUAAAAACCUGAAAAUGGAUUUUGAAAUUAGUUAAUAUAAAUUUGUUGUACAGUUAAUUUUUUUUAUCUGUUUUUUUGUUAGGUUGGUGGCUUAUGCCAGUUUUGGACUUUUUAGUAUUUAAAAAUGGUACUUCUGUUAAAGAAUUUAAUUAAAUACUUUGACACUGUCAAAUUGACAAUAAUAUAAUAAUUGGCAACAAAUAAAUAAAUAAUGGCAUUUUUCGAAUUUUUUCUACUCCCAACUUUAAAACGCCCUUUACCGUACAUGUUUCCAUGACCUUUUAAAUACACAUUGACAAGUUGUGGCUUUAUGGCGCUUUAGUCACGGGCUAAAGUUAGCAACAGGUUUUUAGUCACGGGCUGAAGUUAGUUUUAAGUCAAAUGUCAUACAAUCGUUAAAAUAAAGUGCCUUGUAAAGUAAUACUAAAUGUGAAAAUUAUUUUAUUAUCUCAAUACAAAAAUACAAAAGUAUUAAAUAGUUUCUCAACGCCAAUAUUUGAAAAGUUUAUAUGAACAUUGUACCGACCUUUUAAUUUCGCCGGCAGUAAACUAUAACUUAAAUUCGGGCACGGACUCCACUGUUAAGUGCUCAUGACACGUUUUCUUUACUUUCACUGUGAAAAACUGUCAAUUUUCAAGAAAUACAUUUCGAUUUAUAACCUUUACAAUCUGCGUUUAUAAAAUAAAAAAAUGUGACAUUUGACGGUGACACACAGUUUCCCAUGUUGUUUCAUAGAUGGCGCUCUAUACAAAUUUUUCAUUUAAAUGAUUGUAAUAUUUAAUUUAAGUAUUAAAAAUAUUGUUUCUAGUAUUUAUAAUUUUAUAUAUUACAUUGUUAAAUACCUAC